AUGGAGUUUUCAUUGUACAAGCGAAGGUCUGUCUGGACACACACUUACGUGAUUCCAGCUUACUUCUAUCCAGCUGCGUACUGGUUUGGGGCGAAGAUUACAUUUGGAGAAGCAGGAACAAAUGGAUGUGCAAUUUGUGUCUUCCUUCUGGCUCUGAUCCAAGGAUUCUUGUUUCUAUCUUCAUUUUGGGGUAGUAAGGUAUACGAAAUAUCUAAGCUCACAAAGGUCUCCAACAUAAAUGAAGCAGAAAUGAUAAAAAUCACAAAGAAGCAGGCAAUGAACAAGCAGAAUAAGGUUGGAUUUGCACCAGUACUCUCCAAGGUGGCUGUUAUUAAGGACAAGAAGGAGAAGAUAAAGUGGUUUGAAUUUGACAAUGAUGUGUUUUACUUCAAUGGAACAGCAAUUAAGCAGCUAGAAAUAAAAACAGAUUUCUCUUUGGAGGCAUAUCUCUCUAAGACUGUGAGUGUGUCCAAUAUGCUCACUACCCUGGAGAGAGUCAUCUGCCCAAAGAAUGAAUUUAAGAUUGAGCCACCUACUUUCAUAAGAAUGUUUGCAGAGCAUGCAGUCAGUCCAUUCUUUGUCUUCCAGAUAUUCUGUGCCCUUCUGUGGAUGCUUGAUGAGUACUGGAAAUACUCUCUUUUUACGUUCUUCACGAUAAUUGCAUUUGAAGGGGGAAUGGUCUUCCAAAGACACACGAAUAUUAAGCAGCUAAGAAGUCUUAACCUAGCACCACAGAAGAUCAUGCGGGUGGUAAAUGAGAAGAAGGAGGCAGUGCUAAGCUGCGAUCUGCUUCCAGGAGACAGAAUAUUUGUUGACCAAAAUAUACAACUGCCAGCUGACGUACUAAUAGUAAAAGGCACUGCAGUUGUCAAUGAGUCUAUGCUGUCAGGUGAAGCCACACCCGUCCAUAAAGAGUCCGUUGUAAAGCAAGAUGUACCCCUUUCACUUGCACACCACAAGAAAAAUAUCCUAUUCGGGGGAACAAAAAUACUCAAGAUCUCUGAGAAGGGCAUUGAGUGCAUUGUCCUUAGGACUGGAUUUAUGUCAGAACAAGGUGAACUUAUUAAGUCUAUGAUUGCAUCAGAGGACACAGUUAGUGAAAAUAACUAUGAAGCAUAUAUGUUUAUCUUGGCUAUGCUUGUUUUUGCAGUUAUAUCCUGCGUGUACGUUGUCCGUGAAAGCAUAGCAAUGGGAAAGACACUUUACAAGAUUGUACUGGAGUGCAUUAUGAUUCUGACUAAUGUAGUACCACCUGAACUGCCCAUGGAGCUCACUAUUGCUGUUAAUUCAUCCCUUCAGGAACUUGUUGGUCUUGGUGUCUACUGCCUGGAGCCAUUCAGAAUUCCAUUUGCUGGGAAAAUAACCGUCUGUUGCUUUGAUAAGACAGGAACACUUACAGAACUUAACCUGCAACUGACAUCAAUUGAGUCUGAUAAUAAGGCAAUGGCACACUUGGUGAUUGGAACAUGCCACUCCUUAGUGCUUCUCAAUGACAAGGUAGAAGGUGACCCCUUGGAUACAUGUGGAUUCUCAUACGUAAAUGGAUCUCUUCUUAACGAUAACCAAAUUCUACUGGAAAAUAAGCAGUACACUGUCCUGAAGAAACUCUCUUUUGAUAGUUCUCUGAAGAGAGCAGUCUCCAUCAUACAGUCAGAAGACUCUUUCUUUGUCGUUAUGAAAGGUGCCCCAGAGACAGUCCAGGAAUACUUACAGAAGGUCCCUGCUGACUACAGUAAAUUUGAAGAUUGUGCAGAGAACGGGUUUAGAGUGAUUGCCUUGGCAAUGAAGCCAUUGAAGUCACUCUCUAAGGCACAGAUUCUUUCCAUGGAGAGAACUGAGAUUGAGGCUGAUUUGCAGUUCGUUGGAGUUGCCCUUUAUAACUCGAAACUAAAGGAUAAUGCACAAGAGACAAUCAGUCACUUGAUAGAGAGUAACCAUAAGGUGAUUAUGAUCACAGGAGAUAACGGGAAGACUGCAGUUAGUGUGGCUAAACAGGUCGGAAUGUACAACGAGAAGCACUUAAGUGGCUCUAGUGAGAUAGAUGCAUUCUUGCACAGUGUAUCCCAGAUGCCUGAGUCAGAGCAAAAGACUGUGGUCUGGCCCUCUGUCUUUGCCAGGGCUGACCCAGACUCUAAAGAGAAGAUUAUUUCCCUACUGAACUCAAUAGGAGAGUACACACUCAUGUGCGGUGAUGGAACAAAUGACGUUGGUGCAUUGAAAACAGCACAUGCUGGAAUUGCUCUUUUGGAAAAGACAAAGGGAAAGGGUAAGUCUAUUGCCUUACCUGGGAAUAUAGGACAGUCUAUGUUCAUUCUUGAUGAAGAGAUAAAAGUGAAGUUGGGAGAUGCAAGUAUUGCAGCCCCUUUCACCUCCAGGACAGGAUCUCUUAAAUCCGUUAUUGACGUUAUUUCCAGAGGACGGUCUGCACUUGUCAGUACUGUGCAAAUGUACAAGGUACUUGCUCUAAAUUGCCUUCUAUCUGCAUAUACCCUUAGUGUCUUUGAUACUAUGGGCGUAAAGUACGGUGAUUUCCAAAUGACUGCUGCUGGAAUGCUCUCUGCUGUUUCAUUCACUUUCUUUGGGAAAUCUAGGCCUCUUGCCCGGAUAUCCCAGGAGAAACCAGUUGCAAAAAUAUUCAGUAGAUACAUUGUAGUCUCUGUUGUACUGCAAACCCUUGUGCAUAUCUCCUCGUUCUACUACAUAUACCUUGGAGUAAUUUCAUUUGGGCCGAUUGUCCUUCAGGAGAAAUUUGUCCCUACGUUAGCAAAUACAGCCAUGUUCUUGCUAGGAUCUGCCCUGCAGGUGACCACGCUUGUUGUAAACUAUGUUGGGCGCCCAUUCAGAGAAAGCCUUACAGAAAAUAAGAAGCUGUUGAACUCACUGCUUCUUUCUUUGGGGAUGGUGGUUGUCUGCACCUUGGAGAUUAUGCCUGAGAUAAACGAGCAAAUGCAGUUUGUUGAGAUCCCCAUGAACAUGAAAAUGAGGCUACUUAGCACAAUGUGCGCCAACUUCAUUCUUUGCUUGGGCAUAGAAAAGACUUCCUUUGAGCUUUUCAUGCGAAAACCAGCUGCAGCUGUGGAAGAGCAGAGAAGAGAUAAGAAAAACAAGUAG